GGCAUUCAUAAAUUCAUUCGCUUCAUGCAUCUCUCCUUCCUUGGGUUGAGUUUCUUGUUCAAAAUCACAUUUUUGGAUUGAAGAAACGAUUCUUCUAGCAUAUUGUGUUGUUUUGGAUUUGGGUUCGUAAGAGAAAAGACUUUUGUUUUCGAACUUUUUGUUUUUUUCCUCUCGCCGCCGACGCCAUGGCUAUAGCGGCGGGGGCUUCUUUCGUCUCGCCCGUUAAAACGGAGUCGCGGCGUUUGGGCGUUGGGCGGCCUUCCGUUGAUGUGUGUGGUAAUAAUGGAAGGGUUGAAUACGCCCGCCGCCCACCUUCUGUUCUCGUGCUUAGGGGUUGUUGCCCCGGCAACUCUUUGUCAAACGCCGCCGGGAAUAGCCUUUAUACCGGCGGUGGUAUAAAUAGCAGCAAUAAUGACUUCCUGCCUAGACCGCGGGCAUUUCCUCUGCCCCAUUUGCUUCGUGAUUCGGAGGAGACUAAACUCGCUUCGGAGUUUUCUGAUACCAAAAGCGAACCUUCUCACGAAGGAAGAUUGAUUGGAUUCCCGCACCGUGAUCCAUCUGAGAAAAUUGUCCUUGCUGUUGAUAUUGAUGAGGUUCUUGGAAACUUUGUAUCGGCUAUCAAUCAGUUCAUAGCUGAUCGGUACUCAUCGCAUCACUCUGUAUCUGAAUAUCAUGUAUAUGAAUUUGCGAAGAUAUGGAAUUGCUCCAAGGAUGAAGCAAAUGUUCGCGUUCAUGAGUUCUUUGACUCGUCCUAUUUCAAGACUGCAAUCCAUCCAAUCCCGGGUGCUCAGCAAGCUCUGCAAAAUCUAUCCAAAGUUUGUAAUAUGUCGAUAGUUACGUCUCGGCAAUAUGUAAUUCAAGAUCACACAAUUCAGUGGAUUGAGACACACUAUCCUGGAAUAUUUCAGAAAAUCCAUUUCGGGAAUCACUUUGCUUUAAACGGAAAAUCCAUAUCCAAAUCAGAGAUUUGCAGGUCUUUGGGAGCAGAAGUCUUGAUUGAUGAUAAUCCAAGAUAUGCCAUUGAGUGUGCAGAAGUCGGAAUCAAAGUUCUUCUUUUCGACUACGAAAAUUCAUAUCCAUGGAGCAAGACAGAGCUAGUAGAUGGACACCCUCUUGUCACCCGAGUCCAUAAUUGGGGAGAAGUUGAGCUCCAAUUUGCGUCUUGGAUCUUACCCAGUAAUAACAAUGUCAUUCCAAACUAGGGUUCAUAAACUAUUAGUUCAUGCACACACUUGCUGUACAUUUCUUAACCCAAUGUAAAAAUGCUAGAACACUUAUGCUAA